AAUGCAAAUAUUUAGGUUCGAUAAGGUCGUUAUGUACGUGCGAGUUACAGCUCUAAAUACAAACAUCACUAAUCAGCAGCCGGAAGUGUUCUCUCUUACGCAUGCGCAAUACCGCAAAACAAUCUGAAAUCAAACAUGGCGGAUCAGGGUAAGAGCAAAGUGGAUGGCCGUGAAAUCUCGGUCUCUCUUAACCCUGAAAGGCCAGUUCGUAUGAAAUUCUUCGCAACAUGGGAAGUUGAACGAUCUUCUCCAAACUGUAUUCCAAGAAUUUGUAAUCUAAAACUAACUCGGUUGGAGGUAAUUAAAUGCCUGGAGCCAAAUCUUACAGAAGUUGUUAUAUCUGUUUCAAUGCAGGCUUCUAGAAGAACACUCAGAUCUAACGGCAUCAUUCUUGGACAGUCAGGAUUGAUUGACACUGUAUUAGAUCUUUCUUUCUCAUUGCAGUAUCCACACUUUCUCAAAAGAAGUUGCAAUAACCUACAAAUCAUGCUACAAAGAAGAAAAAAGUAUAAAAAUAGAACAAUCCUUGGAUUCAAAACUCUGGCAGUUGGAGUAGUCAAUAUGGCACAGGUUUUGCAAUUCAAUAUGGACAGUCAACUCAAAUUAUAUUCAAAAGGCAGCUCUUCACCAGUCGCACUAUUUACUGUUAGUUCUUUGACAAGUCAACCUGUCGAUACUGACCAAGACAGAAUGCAAGCCAUGGCUCACCGGACAAAUGGACCUUAUGAUAGAGAAGGAGAAUCAAGUGAUGAUGAUGAUGAAGAUUAUUCAUUGUCUGACCAGGAAGCAAGUGACAGUGGUGGUGAUGGGGAUAUUAUUGAUGAUGAUAACCAACCACAAGCAAGGAAAUUAAGACAUGGWAAAAUGGGAAUGCGAUCAAAGCACCAAAGUAACUUUAAACAAAAGUUCAUCGCUCUUCUGAAGAAAUUCAAAAUGGCAGAUGAAGACUUAGGGGAGUCCCCAGAACAAUAUUUGAACAUUGAUAUCAGCCCCCCUGAAAAUGAGAUGAUAGCAGAAGAUUACUUAUUUGAUGUUGAUGACUUAGAGGAUGAUAGUGACUAUGAUAACGACAUCUUUGAUCAGGACAAUAUAUCCAUAUCGUCAACACCAAAACCAUCACUAAGGCCAUUCUUUGACAUGAAGAGUUCAUUAGAACAWGUUUCCCUACAAGCAAAGAUUAAUGAAGAAGAUGAACAAACUGUGCAGAAUGCAUCAGUAUCUGAUAAUGAUGAAAGAAAUACUUCCACAGAACCAGAGUGCAACUUGGACACACUUAGUCCUCCAUCAGAACUAGAGACRUAUUCAGAUAACACAAGCACAUCAGAUCCAACAACAAAUGACCAUGACGUAUCAGUCARACGAAGUGUGUCAUUUAAGGAAAGACGAAAUAAAGUUGAGCCAGUACUAGUGGAAGAAAACAGAAGAAAUAGUGAUGUAGAAAUAAAGUUUCCAAAACGAUCAGUGUCAGACCAGCUAAUGUCAGUUCUUCCUGCAAAUGAUCAAAUCCCUGAAAAUAUUCUGCUAGUGAAUACUGCUGAAUGGCAAGGACAGAUGCUGGCUCUUAAGCUAUGGGAUCAAGAUAUCAGUAUGAUUUGUACCCAAAGCAACGCUGAUAUUGAGGCUGUAAUGACCGCUAUUGUCAGCAAAUAUCAAAAAUUCUGUAAUAAUAAUUCUGGCUCCCCUCCAAGUCUAAGGAUUGCAAUAACUGGUAGUGAAUCUUAUGUCAGUGCAGUUCUGACUCCAUAUGUUGAACAGAUGUCAAGUAAACCACCAGAUUGGCAGUCAUACAUACAAUUUCUUGUCAUUCCUCUUGAUUUUGAUGUAAUCAGUGGCAGAGUGAAUACAUAUAUGGCAGCACAAACUAUUAUACACAAUCUACCCAUUGCAGAAGCACUAAUAAACACCAAACAAAAAGGGUCUGACGAGGGCUCUUCACAAGUGUUUGUACCUUUCAUUUGUGAUGUUCGAAUUGGCUGUACAGACCCAUAUAUUGAUGAAGAUAUUGUCACAACAAGUGGUCAGGCUUCCAAUACUGGUGCACAAACAACGGCUACUGCAGUAAGGGGAGAACAGCAAGCACCAAGCUUGUCAGGAACACAGUCACCACCGGUAGUUGUGUCCAGUCCUCCUAGUUCCAGUAAAGAGUCAAGCGUUGUAUCACUUUCUCCUCAAACAAGUAGUGAGUUAAUGGACUUACAAGUCGAUUAUUGGCAAUUGUCCGGGAACAAAAAAGAAGCGACAAAGUGCUCAUUAAAGACGACGUUCAAGUCUCUGAUAGUCACGAGGUUGCCUUCUACCGAUGAACCGUCUGCUCUUUCUUUAAUGGCGAUUACGAAAGAGCGAAAACAAAGAGGAUUUGAAGCAAUGAUGAGAUCAAUGAAAAAGACGAAAGAAAAGGAUCCUGAGUCCAAGAAUCAGCCAGUUGUGGCUAAUGUUUCUAAAGUUAUAUGUACAACGAGAGGCCAAAGUAACACUCUAACUGUGGUUAUCGAUGGCGUACAGUGGAGUGAUGUCAAGUUCUUCUCACUAUCAUCGCAAUGGCCGACCCACGURAAGCAGUUCCCUGUCGGRUUGUUUCCGCGCAUUGAGACAAGCUGCUAAAGUGUAAAUACUCAUUGAAACAAAAAAUUAAUUUAUUUUUGGUAUUCAUUUUAUAUUUUUUGGAGAUUUUAAGAAAAAUGCUGAUUAAUAGAUUGGUUAAUAGAAAAUUAAAGGGAAAAUUAUUAUAAUUUUGCUAGAAACUAGCAAGGCUUUCAUCAGUUUUACAAACUUCUCGCAUGGGAUAAAGCUGUAGAUAUUUUAUGUAAGAAUAGUUAUAUAAUUAAAAUGAAUUUAUUAUUAUGAAGCUUAAAUGGUUAAAAACCAAAGAUCAUUAUUAAUUUAUUAAGUUCGUUAAGAAAACAGUAUUCAAGAUUAAGCGAAAAUAAAGAUGUGCCUUAUCAUUACA